AACUUACUAUAAACUACAUUUCCCAGCAUGCAUGUGAAGAAACGGUGCGCGCGGUGGUGCAGAUCUACAUUCACAUGGAGUGGACUGAGAGCCUAUCACAGCGCUCUACGGCUGCCCGCUCAGUGAUAGUAGAUCUGCUCUCACAGAGGCUGGUGACGCACUGCUAUAGAGUCUGUGGCAGACAGAAGUGCGCGGUAAAAGAAGGGGGUACACAAACAAAAAACAUGUGGCUGAACCAGUGAGGAAAGAGUCCUUUAGGUGUGGACAGAGUCUGAGUCGUCAUGGGUCUGCACUCAUCCCAGAAGAAGCACUUCCCUCUGCGGGGCAUCGACGGUGUGGUCCAGCUGUUCGACGCUGAGCUCCGUAAAGCCGAGCCGGACCUCGCCCUCCUUUCCCUCGUUCUGGGUUUCGUUGAGCACUUCCUGGCUGUGAACCGGGUGAUCCCCAUAAAUGUCCCGGGGGUCCGGUUCGAGCCUCUGGAGCCGGACUGCCCCAGCUCCUGCUUCCCCACCGUGGAGCUGGGGAUGAUCUCUGCACUGUACGAGCGCUUCACGGCUCAGAUCCGCGGCGCUGUGGACCUGUCUCAGUACCGCAGGACUGCUGCCGGGUCCAGCAGGGAGCUCGUGAAGAAGGUCUCAGACGUGAUCUGGAACAGUCUGAGCCGGUCUUACUUCAAGGACCGGGCCCACAUCCAGUCCCUCUUCAGUCUCAUCACUGGUACAAAGCUGGACAGCUCAGGUGUGGCGUUUGCUGUGGUGGCGGCCUGUCAGGUCCUGGGUCUGAAGGACGUCCACCUGGCGCUCUCGGAGGACCACGCAUGGGUGAUAUUCGGGAAGAACGGUGAGGAGACUGCGGAGGUCACGUGGCACGGGAAGGGGAACGAGGACAGACGUGGACAGACGGUUGCAACGGGAGUCAGCGAGAAGAGCUGGCUGUACCUGAAGGGCUCCUACAUGAAGUGUGACAGAAACAUGGAGGUGGCCUUCAUGGUUUGCGCCAUCAACCCGUCUCUGGACCUGCACACGGACAGCUCUGAGCUCCUGCAGCUCCAACAGAAACUCCUCUGGCUGCUCUACGACAAAGGAGACCUGGACAGGUACCCAAUGGCUAUGGGCACUCUGGCAGACCUUGAAGAUCAGGACCCGAUCCCUGGGAAGGAGGACCCUCUAAAGAUCCACCUCAAUGCUGUGAACUCGGCUCAGAAGCACUACAACAACGAGCACAUCUACCCCUACAUGUACCUCGCUGGGUUCCACUACAGACACAGGAACGUGAGGGACGCUAUGAGGGCCUGGGCCAAGGCCGCUCAGGUCAUGCAGGAAUAUAACUACUUCCGUGAGGACGAGGAGAUCUACAAGGAGUUCUUUGACAUUGCAAAUGAUGUGAUCCCAAACCUGCUGAAGGAGACCGCUGCAGAGAGUGCGGGGGAGGGAGGAGAGGGGGGAGAGGGAGCCGACAAGGAGCCGAAGCAGGAGGCUGCUCUGACGGCCCUGCAGGACGCUGACUGUUUCGCUCACCUGCUGCGUUUCUAUGACGGCAUCUGCAAGUGGGAGGAGGGAAGCCCCACACCAGUCCUCCACGUGGGUUGGGCCACCUACCUGGUCCAGUCCCUGAGCCGCUUUGAAGCUCAGGUGCGUCAGAAGGUGUCCAUCAUCACCAAAGAGCCUGAGUCUCAGGACGAAGACGACCAGUCAAGCGACGACCCCCGGGAGGGCCGCAGACGAGGCCCGAGGAGGGAGUCCAAGCUGGAUGAGCAAGGCUCACCUCUCUCUGCUGCUCCCCCCGUCUCCCCCUCCGCCUCCUCGCUGCCUCCAGCAGCUCAGCCUAAGAAAAUAGGAGAUGGAGGAGGCCGCCGGCGCUCCUCUCAGGGCCUGCGAGGAGGAGGAGACACUGAAGGAAAACCCAAAUCCCCCUCCCCUGACUCUUCUCCCACCUCCUCCUCCCAGCAGCAGCAGGAGGCCGCGUCCCCCUCCCCAAACCUCUCCCUAACCAGACCCGUGGUCGUGUUUCAGAGCGAGAAGAUGAAGGGGAUGAAGGAGCUGCUGUGUGCCGCCAAGGUGAACUCCAGCGCCAUCAAGCUGCAGCUGACGGCGCAGUCCCAGGUCCAGAUGAAGAGGCAGAAGAGCACGCCGAGUGGGGACUACUCAAUGUCCUUCAUGAAGAGGCAGCGCAAGUCUCUGUAGACCCGGAGGAGGAGGGGGUAGACUCAUACUGUGAACAGGAACAUCUCGCUUUCAUUCGUCAAACUUUUUACAGUGUCAGUUCAGUCUCAUGUUUCCAGCAAUACUUUUGAGUUGCACUCUCCACAUAUCAGGUUUGUACGAUGGCCACGAAGGGCAAACGUGCGAUGAGAUAAUUUAGAUUUGGAGGAACGGGCUGCAACCCCAGAGAGAUGCAAAUACAGAAACACAAAUACAACAACGGAAACACGCUGCAGUAAGUUAAGAAGCAUCAGCAGCACACAAAGUCAAGAACUCUGCAGAUAAUUCAUCACGGUGGAAGUCUCCAGGCCUGUAGGGGGCGCCAAAUGGGACAGCUUUAUUUAUUACAGGAGGAAGCUGGAGCGGGACCAGGCGUUUAAGUUUUUGAUAACAACACAGACUGCAGAAACAUUUACAACCCACCCGACCAGGACCAAGAACGAUCUUUUCGCUCCUGAUCUGACCUCCAGACUCCUCAUUUUGUUACAUGUUACAUAUUUUCUCCCUUUUCCAGUCCCACUCGGCACCCCCUGCAAGCCUGGAGGACGUUCAUUGUGCUUAUUUAUUCAGUUUCUGUGUUUUUGACUUUGCAUUGUGUACGUUUUCCCCCGUGCAUGAACUUGUGAUGUUUUAGUUUCAGGAGUUAAGUUUCGGUUGCAGCUCGUUUCUCCUCAGGACGAUAAAAGAAGACAUUUCAGCCGUUGCAGCGCGUUUGCUCUCGUGGUCUGCCGUAGUUUGGAACAGAAGGAGUGACCUUUUUAUUUUGUUUUUAUUUAACAACAGCCAGAAUGAAAGACUAGUCCUGGUUUGAUAGAUUGUAAACACUCAUUAGUUUGUGUAUUAAUUGGCAGCCAAUUGCACACUGACUAUUAUCUUCUGAUUGACUCACAUGUGGAUGUUUGAAGCCAAAGUUUCUCCAGAAUCCAGCGUACAGACAAGAGAAGACGACCAUUCGGACCACGUUCAUGAAUGAAGCCUGGAAGUGAUGAUUUUAGGAUAGUUACUGUGUAACAUUGUCCACCUCUGCUCUAUCGACAGCUUCUUUCUUGCUAGCUCUUUGUUGCCUUACGUUGCCUUUGUUCUUUUCUACUGUAGGUGGCCUUUAGUGUUCGGAUUAGCUGAGUCGGGCCUCAUUUCUGACGCGUAGAGAAGAGCAGGAGACCAUGCACUGUUGAGACGGAGCCUCAUUAGGAGGCCCAGGUACAUCGACUUACCUUUUUGUUGUUGUUUUUGUAUCUGCAAGUAAUAAAGAUCUGAUGGAAGCAGAG